UGCCAUUGUCCCGGCCUUUGUCACGCCACACGUGCACACCAAAGGCGUUAUUCUUUCUAGAAAUUGCCGACGCGCGUGGCGAGUCGGCCUGGAGCAAGCGCUGCAUCUACUACGCUCUCUCGUCUCGCCGUGCGACCUCUAGCCCAGCCAAGGCGGCGAGGCGCCUGGCGGGGGUCAAUGGCGGCGCCGAGGAGAGCGGCGCUGCUCGUCGCCGUCCUCCUCCUGCACUACUCGGUGCCCACGCUUGGCGGGAAGAGCUACUACGACAUCCUACAGGUGUCGAAAGGCGCAACGGAGGAGCAGAUCAAGCGGGCGUACCGCAAGCUCGCGCUGAAAUACCACCCUGAUAAGAAUCCCAACAAUCUGGAGGCCAACAAGCGGUUUGCUGAGAUCAACAAUGCGUACGAGGUCUUAACGGAUCAGGAGAAGAGAAAGGUCUAUGACUGGUACGGUGAGGAUGGGUUGAACAACCAGUUCCAACGCGGGCAUGGUGGUGGAGGUGGUCGUACAAUGAACGUCGAGCACGUCUUUAGCAAUUUUUUUGGUGGUGGAGGGAUGGAAGAGGAGGAAGAGCAAAUUAUAAAGGGUGAUGAUGUCAUUGUUGAAUUGGAUGCUUCACUAGAGGACUUGUACAUGGGUGGUUCCUUAAAGGUUUGGAGAGAGAGAAAUGUGAUGAAACCAGCUCCUGGCAAGAGGCGAUGCAACUGCAGGAAUGAAGUCCGUCAACGAGAAAUUGCUCCUGGAAUGUUUUAUCAAAUGAAUGAGCAGGUUUGUAAGGAAUGCCCAAAUGUGAAGUACGCACGAGAAGGUGAUUUCAUCAAUGUUGACAUUGAAAAGGGAAUGCAAGAUGGACAGGAAAUUUUGUUUUGCGAGGACGGUGAACAAAAGAUUGAUAGAGUGCCUGGUGAUUUGAAGUUUAGGAUUCGGGCAGCACUGCAUGAGCGCUUCAGAAGAGAAGGCAAUGACCUACAUACGACAGUAACAAUCUCACUGCUCGAAGCUCUUAUUGGUUUUGAGAAGAACUUCAAGCAUCUUGACAACCAUCUGCUGGAAAUCGGGGCCAAGGGGGUCACCAAACCAAAUGAGGUUAGGAGGUUCAAAGGUGAGGGCAUGCCGCUGUACCAGAGCAACAAGAGAGGAGAUUUGUACAUCAAAUUCGAAGUGACCUUCCCAAAAACCCUAACUGAUGACCAGAAGGCCAAGCUGAAGAGCAUUUUCACUUGACACUGUAAAUUUUGGCUCCUGAGCUAAUUGCUGGGUGCCUAAGCCUAGCUGUUUGAGGUGAACAACCCUAGAGGAAAUUUUCCAACCAUCUUUCAAGGGAACAGGAGAGCAGAAGAUUGACUUACUUUUUUCCUUUUAAUUAUUGUUCCUCACAGGCAGAUGUAGUCCUGAAAAUUGGAUGUAUCAGGAGACCUGUAUUAUUCGCACUGUAAUCUGUAGGCUGUAGGCUGUAGGCUGUGGGGAACAUAGUGAGUGCAUAGAACUUGUAGUUCCUUUUUUUUUUCCUGGCUGUAAAUGAACGGGCAAUUUUUCUCC